UUCUUCUCCUUCUGGCGUCGGGCAAUGGCCGCGGUGUAGUCACCACGGAGGUAGAACCCCGCACGCACAUCGUGCUCCGGCGCGUCAGGAUUUGAAUUUAGAGUUUAGUUUCCCAUAACAUUCUCUACAAGAAGAAUCUUAGCAGUAUCUCAAAGACAUCACUGACUUCUGGAUCCUGCAUAAAGCCCAAGCAAGAUACAGGGGAGCUUGGCAUUGCCCUGCAAGUCCCAGCAGUUAGGAGGCCUUUAGUCACCUUUCUACUAGAGGAGGAGGCUAUGUAGUGCACAUUGAGGCUUUUGUAUAUGAGAAACAGUUCAGUGCUUUAAGUCCAUAAAGCACUGUGAUGACCGCUUGGAGAAAAGAAAUGGGCCGCUCCAAUUCUAGAUCACAUUCUUCAAGAUCCAAGUCUAGAUCACAGUCUAGUUCUAGAUCAAGAUCAAGAUCACAUUCUAGAAAGAAGAGAUACAGGUACAGUGUAUGGUGUACGCAUGCCAUCAGUUAUCCUGAAGGAGAUCAGGAAACAGCAAAGACAGGAAAGUUUUUAAAAAGGUUCACAGAUGAAGAGUCUAGAGUAUUCCUGCUUGAUAGGGGUAGUAUCAGGGAUAAAGAGGCUCCGAAGGAGAAAGGGUCAGAGAAAGGCAGGGCAGGCGGGGAUUGGGAGGAUCAGGAAGUUCUAGAUUACUUUAGUGAUAAAGAGUCUGCAAAACAAAAAUUCCAUGACUCUGAAGGGGAUGACACAGAGGAGACAGAGGAUUAUAGACAGUUUAGGAAGUCAGUCCUGGCAGAUCAGGGGAAGAGCUUUGCUAGCUCAUCUCACCGGAAUACUGAGGAGGAAGGACCCAAGUACAAGUCCAAAGUUUCAUUAAAAGGCAAUAGAGAAAGUGAUGGAUUUAGAGAAGAAAAAAACUAUAAACUGAAAGAGACUGCAUACAUAGUGGAAAGGCCUAGCACUGCAAAAGACAAGCACAAGGAAGAAGACAAGGGCUCUGACAGAAUAACAGUGAAGAAAGAAGUGCAGUCCCCGGAGCAGGUAAAGUCUGAAAAGCUCAAAGAGCUCUUUGAUUACAGUCCCCCUCUACACAAGAGUCUGGACGCUCGAGAAAAGUCCAUCUUCAGAGAGGAGAGCCCACUGAGGAUCAAAAUGAUAGCCAGUGAUUCUCACCGUCCUGAAGUUAAACUCAAAAUGGCACCUGUUCCUCUCGACGAUUCCAACAGACCUGCCUCCUUGACUAAAGACAGGCUACUUGCUAGCACGCUUGUCCAUUCUGUCAAGAAAGAGCAAGAAUUCCGAUCCAUCUUUGACCACAUUAAGCUGCCUCAGGCCAGCAAAAGCACUUCAGAGUCAUUUAUACAACACAUUGUAUCCUUGGUUCAUCAUGUGAAAGAGCAAUACUUCAAGUCACCUGCAGUGACCCUAAACGAGCGGUUCACUUCAUACCAGAAAGCUACUGAAGAACAUAGUACCCGGCAAAAGAGCCCUGAGAUACACAGGAGGAUCGACAUCUCUCCCAGCGCUCUGAGGAAGCAUACCCGUUUAGCAGGAGAGGAGAGAGGUUUUAAAGAAGAAAUUCAAAAGGGAGAUAAAAAGUUAAGGUGUGAUUCGGCUGACCUUCGGCAUGACAUUGACCGUCGCCGUAAAGAGAGGAGUAAAGAACGGGGAGAUUCCAAGGGCUCCAGGGAGUCUAGUGGGUCCAGAAAGCAAGAAAAAACACCAAAGGAUUACAAGGAGUAUAAACCUUACAAAGAUGACAGCAAACAUAAAGGUAGAGAGCAGGAUCACUCUCGGUCAUCGUCCUCUUCAGCAUCACCUUCCUCGCCCAGCUCUCGAGAAGAAAAAGAGAGUAAGAAAGAAAGAGAAGAAGAAUUUAAAACUCACCACGAGAUGAAAGACUACUCAGGAUUUGCAGGAGUUAGCAGACCACGAGGAACCUUUUUUCGAAUUAGAGGCAGAGGAAGAGCCAGAGGAGUUUUUGCUGGGACAAAUACUGGUCCAAACAACUCAAAUACCACUUUUCAAAAGAGACCGAAGGAAGAGGAAUGGGAUCCAGAAUAUACCCCAAAGAGCAAGAAGUACUUCUUGCAUGAUGACAGAGAUGAUGGUGUGGAUUACUGGGCCAAAAGAGGAAGAGGUCGUGGUACUUUUCAACGCGGCAGAGGGCGUUUUAAUUUCAAAAAAUCAGGUAGCAGUCCAAAAUGGACUCAUGACAAAUACCAAGGAGAUGGGAUUGUUGAAGAUGAAGAAGAGACCAUGGAAAACAGUGAGGAGAAGAAGGACAGACGCAAAGAAGAAAAGGAAUAGUCUCAAGAUUUCAACAGGGAGCAGAACUUGACACUUACAUUUUUUUAAACCUGAUUUUUGUUUUCAAAUAAAGAAUGUAAGCAUUUUACUUAAAAUGUACUGUUUGCAAGUAGUCUAUAGAAAUUUUGUUUUAAGUCUUCAAAUAUCUUGAAAAAAA